GAGUAUGACAAUUGAACUCUAAGAUAUUAGAUUUAAUUGGAAUUCCAGUAAAUCGAAUGGCAAGAGAAGGGCCCAUAGAAGUUAAGAAGUCCUCUUCAUGCUGUAAGCAAAUGUUGAGUAGAAUACAUCUUUAUGAAGAAUUGGCUGAAAAUAUACCUAAUGUGGGUCGAUCUAAGUCAAAUAACGGAUCGAUUUUCCUUAACCGUUAAUGAUAGAGUAAUUCUCGAUAGCACUUUCGAAAUGAUAAAGGAACUUAUCUAUAAGGAAGAAACUACCAUUUUGAUAUGCUCUCUGGCUCUACACAAUCCACCGAAUACGCCACGAUGCACAAAUUGCAUCUACUGCAAAGGUGUACAAAAAUGUCUUUCAAUGAAUAAUAUCAGUUCGAAGCGCGUUGAAAAGAAUUUAACGUGUCAGUCACGCGAUCAUAUUGAAAACAUUAUAAUAAACGAUUUAUAUAAUGAAGACGCGCUUUGGCAAAAUGUUCAUUGUCAAGAGGGCGAAGUUCUUAAAUUAUUAAUUGAGGAGCUGGUAAUACAUGCUACUUCUCAAGAGAAUUUUCUAGUCUAA